GAGUGAUGCAAAUCCCGACACUUUUCUGAUUCUGUGAACGCCGCAUCCUCUGCUGGGAGGAAACAACGAGUCGCAUCGGAGGCGCUGCUCCUGAUGAUGCGACGCCUCGUUUUACUGAUGAAUCCCGGCCAUGGGCACCCCCUGAGUGCCGCGGACCCCUCAAAUAGGCUGCUGCUAUAGUCUGCCAUAAAGCCUCGGAAGACAGCCGCGGGCGGAGGCCAAAGUGGCCGGUGAAGACUGGAGUGUUUACCGGAGGGAAGAAGCUGGAGCCAUGGAUUUCUCCUUCAGCUUUCGAUGAACAGAAGUAAGCUGGAAUCUCACAAAUCAGCCAAACCGCCCCUGCCCACAGCAGGGGCUCCUCUGUCCCCGUCUCCUUCCCACGCUAUGGCGGGCUUCAAGCGGGGCUAUGACGGCAAGAUUGCCGGCUUGUAUGAUCUGGACAAGACACUGGGCCGUGGCCACUUUGCCGUGGUAAAGCUCGCACGCCACGUCUUCACUGGAGAGAAGGUGGCUGUGAAGGUGAUUGACAAGACCAAGUUGGACACAGUGGCCACUGGCCACCUUUUCCAAGAAGUCCGCUGCAUGAAGCUGGUCCAGCACCCCAACAUCGUGCGGCUCUAUGAAGUGAUUGACACUCAGACCAAGCUUUACCUCAUCUUGGAGCUUGGAGAUGGAGGGGACAUGUUUGACUACAUCAUGAAACAUGAAGAAGGUCUGAACGAAGAGCUGGCCAAGAAAUAUUUUGCUCAGAUAGUCCACGCCAUCUCCUACUGCCACCGGCUACAUGUGGUGCACAGGGACCUGAAACCUGAGAACGUAGUGUUCUUCGAGAAGCAAGGCCUUGUCAAGCUGACGGACUUUGGCUUCAGCAACAAGUUCCAGCCAGGGAAGAAGCUAACGACCAGUUGUGGAUCUCUGGCAUACUCUGCGCCAGAAAUACUACUUGGCGAUGAGUAUGAUGCUCCAGCAGUAGAUAUCUGGAGUUUGGGUGUGAUCUUGUUCAUGUUGGUAUGUGGUCAGCCGCCCUUUCAGGAGGCUAACGACAGCGAGACCCUCACCAUGAUCAUGGACUGUAAAUACACUGUACCAGCCCGUGUGUCCAGUGCCUGCAAAGACCUCAUAGACCAAAUGCUUCAGCGGGACCCUAAACGGCGGGCCUCCUUAGAGGAGAUCGAGAGCCACGCCUGGCUGCAGGGGGUCGACCCAUCCCCAGCCACUAAGUACAACACCCCCCUGGUCUCCCACAAGCACCUGUCGGAGGAGGAACACAACAGCAUCAUCCAGCGCAUGGUGUUGGGAGACAUCGCUGACCGCGAGGCCAUAGUCGAAGCCCUGGAGACCAACAAGUAUAACCACAUCACUGCCACAUACUACCUGCUGGCAGAGAGGAUCCUGAGGGAGAAGCAGGAGAAAGAGGUCCAGACCCGAUCCUCCAGCCCCAGCAACAUGAAGGCACACUUCAGGCAGUCCUGGCCCUCCAGAAUGGACAUGCAUCAGGACAUCGAGGACAGCUUGGCGGCGUCCUCCAUCUCCCACGCCGGAGGGCCUCAGUCACCAGCCCGGAGCACCGAGAACCUGCUCAACGGGCAUCGAUCAAAAGGCAUGAUGGAGCUGAGCCGGCGAGACGAGACCACCGUGACCGACGCUGCCGGACCGCUGGCUCAGGGAGCCUGUGUUGCUGUCUCGGGCCCGAUGCCUGGUUCUGGGUCCCACAGGAACUCCAGACCCUCCACCUCAGAAGGACCCAAGCAGCAAAGUUGCCUGUUCAGACUGGAGGAGUUUGAAGAUGAGGAGGAGGAACAGGAGCCGUCUCCCCUCCCAACCCAUGUGAUUCUGCGGCGCAAGCCCCCCUCCAUCACGAACCGGCUCACUUCCAGGAAGAGCGCACCUGUUCUUAACCAGAUCUUCGAGGAGGAGGGAGAGUCGGACGACGACUUUGACAUGGACGAGGGCUUGCCACCCAAACUCAGCCGCCUUAAGAUGAACAUGGCCGGCAGUGUGACGUCUGGCGCUGGAUCCUCUUCGUCCCCGGGGCCGACACACAAGCGCUACCACCGGCGCAAGAGCCAAGGCAGGGGCUCAUCAUGUUCAAGCUCCGAGACCAGCGAUGACGACUCUGAGAGCCACAGGCGUCGUCUGGACAAGGACUCCGGUUUCAGCUGGAAUCGAAGGGACAGCAGCGAGGGUCCGCCUGGCAGCUCGGGGGGAAACGGUGGAGGCAGCAGCUCAGGACAGGGUAAACCCCCUGGGGAGGGAGGUGGUUCCUCCGGGCCGGACAGGGGAAGUCCUCCUGGUGCGGGUGGCGGCGACGAUGGCGGUGGGAGAAGUGGAGGAGGAGGAGGUGGAGAUGGUGAUAAAGGACAGGACGGCCCCUCCAGCUGCUGCAACAACAGUAGCACCACUAACCCGGCGCUUAACUCUUUUUCAUGCGCGUCCCGAGCGGUGAGCCGCAGCAUUGAGCUGGUGGAAAGCUUGAAGCUCAUGAGUCUGUGUCUCAGCUCGCAGCUCCAACAGCACCGUGGGGGGCGGGGCAGCCAGGGGCUUGGGGGAGGAGGCGCUAACAAGUUCAUCAUAGACACAGAGAACAUGAAAAUCCACGAGAAAUCCGCCUGGAGGAUGUGCAUCGGCUCCACUGAGAGCCUGGACACGAUCUCUCUCCCAGUCACCACCGCCGCGCCGCGCACACAGCACCACCACAUGCACCGCAGGCCGGCGCCGCACGGCUCCCCCGGCCUGCAGACAGGGCCGGAUCACAAGCUGAACAGUUUGAAAAACGGCGUUCUUCAACUACCUCUGUGUGAGAAGACCAUCUCUGUAAACAUCCAGCGGGGCCGAGCCUCCAGGGACGGACUGCUGUGCAGCUCAGCGUCCGCCAGCUGCUGUCAGGUCAUCUGACGCCGGCGACGCUGCCCAGAACGCCUCUUGUUUGAUCACAGCUACUCUUUCUGUCACGUCAUUAGUUUGAAAAGCUUUUCUCGUCCUCUCACUCCAAACUUUAACUCCUGGUUUUGUGGCAGCGCGUCACGCCGGCAUCACUCCAGCCUUCUGCUGAUGUCUUAACGUCUGUCGGCGCUUAAUCGCGCGCUUGGAAUGUACUUGCUUUGACAUAAGCGCUCACGUGCACCUGAUGUUUAUUGCACGCAAGCUGUGUUUCUUAUUGUGUGAAUUUGCAAGAAUUGUGUAAUUUCAUUUGGUACCAGGACUGAUGAUUACUGUGAGAGCGCCACCUAGUGGACAGACUUAAUUAUCCCAGAUUGACACAGAAUGCAGGCUAGAGGUAAACGGCGCAUCGUAAAGCAAGUACAUUCUGAGUUACACUGCUACUUGGCGUGGCGGAUUUGUUGGCUUGAUUUCAGUUUUUUGUUUUUGGGUUGGUUUUUUUUUUUUUUUUUUCCCCACCAGCCACCGUAUUUUCAAUCAACUGACAGAAGACAGUAUUUUAAAAGUUUUUUCUUUAAGCUCUUAUAUAAAUUGGAGGAUUUUAUUUGUUUUUGACUGUUUUUUGCAGUAGGUGUGCAGGAUCUUAUGGAACAAGCACUUAAAAAUGAGCUGUUGGAAAGUUUACAGCGUCUGUCGGGCAGCUGGGAGGUCAGCAGAGAUCUCCACGGUAACACUCCUCUGGACCUCACGCACCUCUGUGCCUUUUGAAUUUUCCUUUGAGAAACGGAAAAAGAUAAUGGCAUUUAAAUUGUUUAUUUUUAUGGCAUUAAAUCAGUAUAAUUCACCUCAAAGAGAGUCCGAGUGAAACCCAACACGAUGGAUUUUCAUCUUUUUUUUCCACAGAAUUACAUGCGCGUGGGGGAGGAGCUUGAAAUUCUGUUAUUCCAUUUUUUUGUUGUUUUUUUAAGAUAUAGGUUAAUUAUUUAUAAAGACAGAGGUUCACCUGCCAUUUUACGGCCCAGCAGGCUGAAGGUUUUUUUUUAUUCUUUAUUCCCAAUUGACUUAAACAUUGUGAUUUUGUUUCUGUGCUUCUGGUUGGUCAGUCACUUUGCUGACGUUGGUUUGUUUCUUGUGUAGGUUCAACUCCAUGGAAAGAAAAGGGUUUUUUUUCCCGCCCUUAGGGAAAAGGGUUUUUUCCCGACUCAGUCCACAACAGUCCAAGAAUUCACCUUGGGGACCUUUUUAUGAUUAAUUUUCCUUGUUUAUGCAGUAAUUCUUCUUCCAUUCUUUUUUUUACCACUUGUAUUUUGAGGUUUGUUCUUACCAAAAAUUCAUGAGUAAAAAUUUGUAAUUCUUAUGAAAGCUGACAGACUUAUUUCUUUCCUACAUGUGACUUCUGUUUUAGCUUUCAAAUAAAAUUUGUUUCAAAUAUCAGAAAUAUCUGAUUGAUUUUAACAUUCAACUCGGCCAGAAAAUCAAUUUAUAUUUAUGUAAUUGAAUUAGAGACUUUUACCUGAAAUAUUGUGAACCCAUUUGACAAAAUCCCUCUGAACUCCUUUGAAAUUAGGUUUAAUCCAGUGAUCACGUGUCAGGGUUUUGUGUUUUUCUUUUCUUUUCUAUUCUGAGAAAGUGCAUGCAGCAAUGAUACACCUGGCCAGUGAUGUACCAACAGCCAAUCAGGACAGAGAAAUGGAUAAAUCAGGGAAUUAAAAAAUAAUAAUUGGCUGCUGCGAAAAGGCUUUUUGCAUGAUUGCAGCCCCCCUCCCCCAUUCAGUAGUUGUUUUUUUGUUGUUGUUUUUUUUUGUUUGUUUUUUUUGUCCACAGAGUUCAGUAAUAAUCUCUCAGAAUGCCUCUUCCAAAAUGUCCUUCACAAUAAAACACCAGCAGUACAGCAGACUUUUACUGUGAAAGUCACAGUGUUCUGUGCAACUCAUUCGACAUUUGCUAAAAAUACAUUGUUUGCUAGUUUCCAUAAAAACAAGCUAAUGUUUGAACAAGUGACACAAAGUUUGGACGAUGUUUCAGGAAGUAAUGAAGCUGAGUGAUGUCAUAAAGUCGCUGCAGAUGUAUUCUGUUCUGGGCGGAUCCAGAGGGGGAGUGUCCGUUUACACCAUUACAAGUCUUGCACUAAAUUCAGACGUCUUCAAUAUUCUUAAAGUAAUUAUGUCCGAGUCGCCAUGAAAACUAGUGGUUCAAAAAAAAAAACAACGCAAAAACGCCUAUGUAACAUUUAAAGAAAACAACAAAAGGAAAAUCAUUGACAUUUGAAUACUCCACGGCGCCCCCUGGGCGGGAACCACUGUGUUAAUCUGUCUGAUGACUUUUGUUUUUUUAAGUGACCUCCAGACUUGAUUUAUUUCCUGCCAGGUUUGUUAAUGUGUGAGGAAACGUUUAAAUUUUUACUGUAGUCAUGUGAUAAAGUCUUACUGCUGAUGUUUAAUAGCGCCUUUUUUUUGUGUGUGUUACGUUGCCGUACACGGUGAUGGAGAUCUAGUGCGACCCUAAACUCUGUGUUUUCGGUUUGCAGCUAUCCGUUAAAUUACUCAAACAUCCAGAUAUAUUUAUAUAGUUUUAUAAUUUUAUAAAAUUCAUGCAGGUUUUUAACGAGUUUAAAGUGGCUUAGAGCACCAUCGACCUGCGACCCGAUCCCGGAUAAGUGUUCGAAGAUGAGUGAGUGAGUGCGCCACCUACAGGAAAACAUGACUGAUUCGGAUCCGGACGUCUCUGAAGAAACAAUACGUUCUUCCAGUCAUCAGUCUUCUCAUCCACACCGUUAUGUGCAAAAACCACAAUAAUCAAUCAUAAACAUUAAACAAAACUGUAAUUUUUAGCGAGCGGGACAUCGGAGGGUUCUUUCUCCCGACGCUUGGGUCUGUUGUACCGCCGUCACCGAGCACGAGCAAAAGUACAUUCACAGAUACGGGUCCUGGGUUACUUUUAGGACUCAAUGAGACGCACUCGGGUUCAUGUGACGACGAUCUUAAAGGGUUUUGUAUCUUUUAUUUUUAAAAAUGUCUGUUUUUCUGCUGUUUGAAAACGUGUUGACACAAAGAAUCUGCUCAGUUUGUCGUUAUCCAAAUGCUACAAAUGUCUGUUUUACUGCGUAUCAAAUUAUUGCAUUUGUCCCAUGCUCGGUAGCAUUUAUUUCUGAGGCUUUCUAUGAGUUGUGUAUCACCAUGCCAACAUUUGAAAAGUGGCCAAACUGUUAAUUUAUGAAAAUACAGUUAAUGAUGUCAUUUUUGAUGGAACAACAAACUGAGCUGGCUUUUUGUGGCCACGCCCCUGUGCUGGAGCUGUCAGCUCUCAUUGGCUAAACUACUGUAAAUGUGGGUGCAGAAGAAGAGUUGAGCUGGUUUCUUUAAGGGCAUUGGCAAUAAGCUAAAGUGUGUUGCAGCUAAUCUGUACAGAAACUGUUUUUUGUUGUUGAUUCCAGAAGUGCGCCGCCUCAGUGCGGCCGCACUGAUGGAGAAGAAAAAAAGAAGCUAUGUUUAGAAUGUUUUUCUUUUUAAAAGGUUUGUAAAUAUUGUUGUAAAUAUGGUAGAAGCUUUUGGUGCGUAGCUGUACAGUCAUAUAGCCAUAUAAUGAUAAUAAUUAGCGUGUCUGUGACGACGCCGUUCAUAACCUCAGGUGUCUGUUGUCUGUAUCCAGGUCCAAGACGUGCAUGUUUCAGUGUUCCGACAUCAUCGAUCCACUGGACCAAAAGGAAAAAAAGAAAAAAAACACGUGUGAACCAACAGAAAUAUUCAGUGUUUUAUUCUGUAGUGGAAAUCUUGUCAGACAUUAUAUAUAACGAUAAUAAUAACCCAAAAUAAAAUGUGGAAUACUUUCUCUUA